AUGGCUGAUUGUAUCCGAAGUGUGGCAAGGAAGGUGUUAGGAGAAACAAAAGGGAAGCGUAUGAUAGAUAAGGAUGGGUGGUGGUGGAGUGAAAGUAUUAGAGAAGUUUUGAGAGAAAAGAAAAAUGCCUUUAAAGAAUGGCAGAGCGUAGAAGACCAGAAUGAAUCCAUAAAAGAAAGUAAGAGAGGGGCGUAUAAAGAAUGUAAGAAGAGAGCGAAGAAGGAAGUUGCUAUUUGUAGGGCAGAGGCGCACGAUAAAUUAUAUCGGUCCCUUGAAAGCCCCGAAGGUCAAAAACUACUUUUUCAAAUUGCAAGAGCGAGAGAAAGGAAUGGAAGAGAUGUUUCACAUGUAAAAUGUAUAAAAGAUGAUUCUGGAAGGAUUUUGACUGACGAUGAAAGUAUAAAGAAGCGAUGGAAGGAGUAUUUUGAGAAAUUGAUGAAUGAGGAGAAUGAAUGGAAUGGUAUGCUUGAAAACCCACCAGUGAAUAUGGGCUUAGUGAGAGAAAUUAGUGUGGAAGAAGUAAAAAUGGCUGUUAGGAAUAUGAAGAAUGGGAAGGCGGUCGGCCCAGAUGGAAUACCAGUAGAAGUGUGGAAAUUGCUGAGGGCGGAUGGAUGGAAGUGGUUGAGUUUAUUUUUCGGUAAAUUGUUGCAGGAAGAACAAAUACCUGAGGAAUGGUGCAGUAGUAUACUGGUUCCCAUUUUUAAAAACAAAGGAGACGUUCGAAACUGCAGCAGUUACCGGGGAAUAAAGCUCAUGUCACAUACGAUGAAAGUCUGGGAAAGAAUAAUAGAGAGAAGAAUGAGAGAAGAGUGUGAGAUAACACAAAACCAGUUCGGAUUCAUGCCCGGUCGAGGUACGACAGAUGCCAUUUUCGCAUUACGCCAAUUGUGCGAAAAGUACAAGCGCGUGCAUAAAGAUCUGCACAUGGUUUUUGUCGACCUUGAAAAGGCGUACGAUCGGGUUCCCCGUGAGGUCUUGUGGUGGGCGUUGAAGAUGAAAGGUAUGCCUGGGAAGUAUGUGAGGUUGGUCCGUGCUAUGUACAGAGCAUCCCGUACAUGUGUACGAUCUGCCGCGGGAACUACGGGCAGUAUCGAUGUGGCGGUAGGGCUGCACCAAGGGUCGGCACUGAGCCCUUACCUCUUCCUACUGAUUAUGGACGCUUUGACGUCGGACCUGCAGGAUGAGGCACCCUGGUGCAUGCUCUUUGCCGAUGACAUCGUGCUUGUCGGGGAAGAAGGCAUCGAGGUACAGAGCAGACUGACGGGGUGGCAACGGAGGCUGGAAAGUGUUGGCUUGAAGAUCAGCAGAUCCAAAACCGAAUAUCUGUGCUGUGAUUUCGGCGGUCUUUCCAGUCCUGUACCCAUGUCGUUGGAUGGCGCUAUACUGCCUAUCUGCUCAGAUGUCAAGUACCUCGGUUCCCUCAUUCAAGGCGACGGCGGAAUAGAUAGAGCUGUGCAGCAUAGGAUUAACGCAGGGUGGAUGAAAUGGCGACAGGUCACAGCCACAACGUGCGAUCCUCGAAUGCCAAUAAGGCUGAAGGGGAAAAUUUACAAAUCGAUCAUCCGACCUGUCGUCAUGUAUGGAAGUGAAUGCUGGGCCGUCAAGAAGAAGGAUGAAAAUAGACUGCAUGCGAAUGAAAUGAGAAUGUUACGAUGGAUGUGUGGUGUGACAAGGAUGGAUAAGAUAAGGAAUGAGAAAAUAAGUUUGUGGAUAGACGAAAUCAAUGCUGAAAACUACGAGAUGUUUGCAUGUUUGGAAAAAUUUUCUGAAGAAAACAAUAUAAAGCUCGAAGAAGAAAUUAAAACCAAAAUCAUGAUGCAUCUUACAAACCUUAAGCAAGACUUGGAAAUAAGAUUCCCAGAUACGUCACACGGCUACCAAUGGAUAAUUAAUCCAUUCAGUUGUGAUCUUAACACUGUGAAGAUGAACUUAAAAGAAAAGGAGCAGCUGAUCGAUUUAAUGUCCGAUGAAAGCCUUCGAUCUAUUUUCAAAACCACGCAUCUAUCCAAGUUCUGA